AUGAGCACAUCAAGAAGCGUCACCGGCACGGUCGAAGGGCGUCGGAUAGCCGAGACCGUGCGACGACACCGGUGUGCCAUCGGCGAAGCCGAAAGGCAUUGUGCCGCUGAGACCAAGCACAGACGAAGGGCGUCGGAUAGCCGAGUAUGGGGCGAUGUCACCAGUGUGCCACCCCCGUGGUCGAAGAGCAACGCAAGCCGAGGCCACCCUAGGACGUCCAAGCGCCACCAUGACAACAACCUGGCCCCAGAGGGAUACGAGCCAAGGGUCGGCGAGACGACGAGAGGCAUAGCUAUCCGACACGUGCAAAGCUUCAGGACGGUGCCUCCAAGGAGGAAACGACGCAGGGAGCGCCGCCACCGCCAGAUCCGGCGAGGCCAGGAUCGGAGAUUUCUCUCGAAGCUUGACACGAAGCGUCGAGACAGGCUGACCUCCACCACAACAGCGGAAACCACGGCCGAAGGAUGGACACGGGCCACCGGGGCAGGGAGCGGCCGUAGAGCUGAGCGGUCCAAUCUAGACGGGCAGCAGGCCGGUCCAACCCCCGCGGGACGCUCCAAGGCCAAAUCUGCCGGGCGAGAUCUGCCCCGCGUGGAGCAACACCAGCAGGGAAGGGAGCAGCCGCCACCCACACCGCCAGGGGCGCGGGGCGUCGCACAGGCCGGCGCCGGCGCGAGCAGCCGCCGCGGCAAGGAGGCCGCUGCGAGCAGCCGCCGCGGGAGGAGGCCGGCGCAGCACGGAGGCGGAAGGAGGAGACCGAGACGGGGGAGGCCGAGCAGCUCCACGCCGGCACGGGGCGACCUCCACGCCAGCACGCGGAUGAGCACCACGCCGGGGCAGGGGCACGCCGCGCCAAAGCCACGCUGGAGCAGCAGCUCACCAGCCGGGGGAGAGCCCCGCGGGAAACGCCCCGCGCGGAGAGGUUGCAAGGGAGAGGCCGCCCCGCCGCCGCCGACGCCGUGCAGGCUUUUGCCCGGUGGCGCCCUCCGGCGGCGGCAGAGGGAGGAGAGGCGUUUGGUGGCGGCUGAGCUGUUCGCCUAG